AUGGCUGCAGCAUCCACCACAUCCGUCGCCGUCGACUUCGGCGCCACUCACCAAGCCAAGAUCAAAUUCUUCACGAACCAUGGAUGCGGCUGGUCCCAACGCGUCCAUAUCGUCCUGAAGGAGCUCGGACUGGGGUAUGAGGAAGUCAUCAUCAACAUGGAUGAACCGAGGCCAAAAUGGUUCUUGGAGCUGAACCCGCGUGGUCUCGUUCCUGUUCUCCAGUAUACACCUCACCCCUCAUCAGCCGACUCCUCCACUGAUACAAUCACACUCGUCGAGUCGGCCCAAAUCGUCUCCUUCUUUACGGACCUCUAUCCAUCCCAUCUUCUGCCCACGGUUCCCGCUCUGCUCUCGGGUUCCUCUACCCAAUCUGCCCUCGCGAAGAGAGUCGAGGUAGCACACCUCCGGUACAAAAUGUCCUUCUUUGUCGACACCUACUUCACCAAAAUUAACCCUCUGAUGUUCAAACUGGUGGGUGCAGAUACUGGGGAACCACAAGAACGGAUUGUGGACGAUAUACAGGCACUUUUGGAAAAAGAGAUCGAGCCAUUGUUUGCCGCUGGAGCCCAGAACGGGAGUGGCCCAUAUUUCGGAGGAAGUGAGAGGUUGACUGUCGUCGAGGCCAUGACGAUCCCCUUCGUCCUCCGCCUGAUUGACUUUUCCAACGAUAUUAUAUUUCCCGCUCGUCUCGCGAGGGAAAUCUUGGACACCGACUCUACGACGAGCAAGCUGCCGCGGUUCGCCAAGUGGGCAAACCUGUGCAUGCAGCAUCCAAGUGUCACGUAUACAUGGGACAAAGAGUAUAUGGUCCCGAGGAUUGUGGAGCGACUGCCGAUGGCGAAGAGAAAGUAUGCGCCAGCAAGGGACUAG